GGUUUCUUUCUGCAGAGGCCUGAGCAGGAUGGCUGAGAGUUCCAAAAUCCAGCUGUUUGUCAAGGCAAGUGAUGAUGGCGAGACCAUCGGGCACUGUCCGUUCUGCCAGCGUCUCUUUAUGAUCUUGCUCCUUAAAGGGGUACCCUUUACUCUGACCACGGUGGAUAUCAAAAGGUCUUUGGAUGUGUUGAAGGACUUUGCCCCAGGAGCUCAGCUCCCUGUACUGCUGUAUGACGGUGAACCUAAAACAGACACUAACAAGAUAGAAGAGUUUUUGGAGGAGACCCUGGGACCCCCAAAUUUUCCAAGCCUGGUGCCCAAGUAUAAAGAGUCCAGCAUCGCUGGAAAUGACAUUUUCCACAAAUUCUCUGCUUACAUCAAGAAUCCAGUACCUGCCCAGGAUGAAGCUCUGCAGAAAAACCUUCUCAAAGCCUUGCUUAAGUUGGACAAGUACCUGAACACACCCAUGGAGUAUGAGUUGGUGCGGGACCCGGAGCUCGCUGUCUCUCAGAGGCGGUUCCUGGAUGGGGACCAAAUGACCCUUGCGGACUGCAGCCUCCUACCCAAGCUCAACAUUGUUAAUGUUGUGUGUCAGCACUAUCGGCAAUUUGGCGUCCCCAAGGAGUUGUGCGGCCUCUGGCGGUACCUGGACAGCGCUGCGGAGGUGAAGGAGUUUAAGUACACUUGUCCCAACAGUGAGGAGAUUGUGCAGGCUUACCGUGCUGUGGUCAGGCCGCUCAAGUAAACCUGAGGUCCAACGCAGACAUUAGCCUGACAAGAUGGCUGCCGUUCACCACUCAGCCUACCCCACAGACUAGCUUUGCUCCCAUCCUCCUACCACCAAUCAGACUGUGGUAAACUGAGUCAGAAAGGGAUCCUGGCACAGGUGACCUCCAGUGCUUCAAGUAACAAGGUGGUUUUUCAUCCUACCCCUCAAUCAAGAUGGCCACAGUGGCAGCUGACCCUGGGAAGAAAGGGCGAUUCUGGAGCUGAAUGCCGUUGGUUGGUAGCCAUGUGCUGUCCAGUUCUGUGCUGCUGGGUUCCUCUGCUUUUAGUCCCUGUGACUCUCCAGAUACGUUGCUAGUGGGUCUUAGUAACUGUGAACCAGCAGAGCUGCUCCGAUCCUCUUAACUCAGUACUGUUGGGUUCAAACACAAUGAACAAGGGCGGGGCCUUCUUGUAUGUCUCUGUGCUCGUGUCUAUUCCACUGUGCCCUUUGGUCGUAUUGCUGUCUGUUUACUAGGUGGCUUACCCCCACCCCCACCCCGUGAAGGUUUGCUUGAAGUCCUAGCAUGCUUUAGCUCAGAAGCAAUUCCAGAUUUCUCUGGGGUGGCCAGGGUAAGCUUGAGGGAGGCUGGGCUCAUAUUUAAAAUGUCAGAUUUUUUUUUAGAUUUUUUAAUGCUGCUGUUAUGUUGUUGUUGUUACCCAGUAAUGAUGUUACUCGAGGGCCGGACAGAAGUUGUGAUCCCCCCCCCAAUGGGGGCAGGGCAAGGGAGGCACGGCAACAAACUUGACUGUAGUUUCUGCCAGAAGUUAACCUGCCAGGCAGAGUUCCCCCCCACACACACAGACAGCUAAACUGCACCAACAGCUGAAUUCCAUCAACACCAUCACCCAAUACACUCUUUUAAGCUUGUGUGUAGCGUGGGUUUUGUGGUCAGUGCUGACGUCUCACCUCUUCCAGACACUCAGGAGAUUACUUAGAUGAAGGCUCUUUCAUCUCAGACUGUCAUCCAUAAAACAGAGAAGCAAAAAUUACGUUACUGUAAGGAGUGGGGCAAUUAUGCUACAGGAGUGCACAACUCCAGUAGUUAAUAGGCUAGACUCAAUCUCGACUGGAACUAAACAGGAUGUAUUGCAAAAGUAUGACAUCUCCAGGCCUUGCCUCGUGAACUUUAAAGAGUUGGCAACACUUAAGGCUCAAAACCAAACAGGAGGAAGAUCAUCUGUCAUCCUGCCCUGUAGAUAAAUUGCAACCUGCAGCCUCAGUUUGCCUCAAGAUCGUGCAGAGAAGAGGGCGGGUUUAACCCUUCGACUUCCACUCUGUUUGACUGUUCAAAACUUGGCUCCCUGCUUUCUUUAAAAGGAAAAUAAUGUUCUGAGAGUUGGGACAAUGGCAGCUUGCCUAAGAUUUGCAGCCCAUCAAGGGCAUGGAGUCCAACAAUGUUUGCUGAGACACUGAACUGGCAAUGAGACUACAGGUCACACCACAUGUCUUGGUGGACUGCAUUUGAACCUCAGGUCAUAUGUGUUGCAUCCAAGAACUAGAAAGAGGCAGCAGAAAGGACUAUCUGCCAUACUGUUAAAAAACAAAACAAAAACCCGAACAGUAAAACUACAUGCAAGCAGAACACUAAGAUAUCAGGGAGAAAAAUUCAGCCCAGGUUUGGUGUCGUGGUUAAGUGCGCGGACUCUAAUUUGGGGGGACCGGGUUUGAU